AUGUGGAAGUACAACCGGCGUUACUCUCAGUCUAGCUGCUCAGAGGGAAUGUACUACUUCUCCAGGAACAUUCCCCAUCCUAGGAUGGUCUGUCACAUACCAGGAUUAAACAAUGCUCCGGUCUGUGUUGUAAGAAGUAGCUUUUCAGGAGAACACCCAUCUGCUGGCAACACAGUCAUCCAUGGGCAAGAAGCUGAUCCAGAACAGGUGCUACCUGGGAAUGCCACAAGCAACACAUCUGCCAACUGCUACCUUCCAAAGCCCCAGCAUUUCAUGCAGAGGGAGCUAGGCACUCCACAGUCCGUGACACGAGGACGUGCAGAUGUUCCUGAAAGGAUUCAAAAUAACCCUGCUUCAUCUGAAAAGCUUUGGAAAAAACAAUUCCAAGCCUCUGCACAACCUGCAAAUAGACAGGGAAUCCACACCGCACCUCUCACCCAGCCUUCCUCUCCAUUUGUCAACUUGGAUUACGAUACUCGCAUCCAGGAGAACGUGAAUUCUGAUCUGAGCUACCUGGAUCAGGAAAUAAAG